CAAGCCCGGCUAUCUCCAACGGGAGAUCCAUUUGGAACCCAAACUUAAAAUGGGUCUCUAACACAAUACAUAUAGCCUCCAACAGAGUACCCAUAUAGAAGACCCACUUUGGGUAUCAGGAGAGGCAUAACCCAAAUUUGGGUAUCCUCUCUCCUGGACACCCAUUUACAGAGAGUGUUAUCUUUUAGGUCUUGUUGUUGGAGAAGACUAAAAAUAGGUAUGGAACCUUUUACCUGUAGCGCUACCCAAAGACAAAUGGGUCUUGUAUUUUGGGUGACGAUCGUUGGAGAUAGUUUAACACCAAAGCAAGACACGUGCAUACCGGCUGCCGGCUACGGCCCCCGGCUCCGGCAGCCGCGAUUCCCGACGUGCUGACCCGUCUUAGGCUCCGGCCGCCGCGAGCGGGAGAUGAGGACACGGUCGCAGAGCCGGAAACUUGCGGGAUAUCUCCCCGCGGGCUCCGGCCCCAGCGGCGGAUCUGGGGCGAUUCUUACUGAUCCCCCCGCGGGCUGCGGCCCUUGCGUCGGAUCGGAGGCGACAACGACGGCAACCGCGACUGCGAAUCAGUUGCGGCGCUGCUGCGGCGAAUCCGGCCGUCCGAGGAUUGAAGCCAAGAGUCGUCUGUGCAAGCCCUGGCGCAAGUGCACCGACGACCCCAGUUUGUCGGGCGGCGGGCUUGACCCCCGCUUCCGCCCCCACCACUGGAUCGCGGUCUCCUACUGCGCAUCCCCGUCGCGCCGCCGCCCCAUCAACACCUGCACCGGUGCACGCGCCGAGGUCGACCGCCCGGAGCUCUCGACCCACCACUGCUUCGGCAUCGUUGAUGGACUCCUCGUCCUCUGCGACAAGGCCAGUAGCGCCGUCCGCCUCCUCAACCCUCUCACCGGCGCCCUCGUCCAUUUCCCUGCCAUCACCGACGUGAGGGAUACGCAAGAAGAACCACUCACGGAAGAAGAAGAAGAAGAAGAAGAAGAAGAAGGGAUGCGCUUCUUGGUCAAUGACACUCCCAAGAAAAAAAUCCUCGACCCCUCAGGGGCAACCAAGAUAAACAUCCCCAAGCCCUCAGCAAUCAAUGGUGGUGCCAUCGACGACGACUCCGACGACUCGACGACCCUGGUGCUCGCCCUCAGGAGUAGCUUGUUUCGCAUCAUUUGUGCAAAGCCCGGGGAUGAGUACUGGGUGAAUGUCCAUUCUGGUGAGCAGUGCGAACCCGUGUACAACAACAAAGGCUGCAUUCUAUUCCACUCGCUGCUGUCCUUCCGAGGGCACUGUUAUGUCACAACACAUGAGGGCCUUGUGAUGCGGGUAGAUCUGCGCGGGCCUCCUCGGUUGGUAUACCUGUCGAGGUCGAGGGAGAUGGCGGUCAGCUCUCGCUCAGUAAGCUGCAUCUCCUACCUUCUCCGGUCCCAAGACCACCGGAUGCUCAUGCUUCCGCGUGGAGGUUUUUGAGGUGGACGUUGUUGGGAGGAGGCUCAUCCCACUGAACAGCAUUGGCAAAAACUAUGCAGCAUUCGUUGGUCGGACUUAUUCUGUCAUGCUUCCUACUGACAAGUUCCCAAAGCUUGCUCCCAAUGCAGUGUACGUCAACUACUAUUACCAGGAUUUUUUUUAAUUUCGGCAUCUACCACUUCAAGGACAGGAGGAUAAGCCCACCAAGAGACUUCACACGGAAUCGUUGGCAGAGGUUAUUCCCUUGUGCCUGCCACUGGGAGCUUGCUGAUUAUCUAAUCGUUGAUGCCGAUCGCCGUUGAUACUACUUGUUUGCUUCGCUUAUGGCUGCUACUCUAUCUCUCUCCUUCCUUUCAGAACAGUGGUAUUUUCAAACUGCUAUUUCUGUUGUUGGCUUAAUUUAUCAAUUGAUCAUCUUAUUAAUGUAUGUAUCUGUCUUGCUUGGUGUUAGUGUGGAAUUAAGCUAAA